GUGACUAUUGUGAUCAAGUAUUUCUUCCAGUUUGGAUUCUUCCCAUGGAACGCGGACUUAGAAUUAAGCAAAGAUAAACCUUACCAUCCUCCCAACAUAAUUGGUGUGGAGAAAAAAGAAGGCUAUGUCCUCUAUGAUCUUGUUCAAUUGCUUGCUUUAUUUUUUCACAGAUCGAUCUUAAAGUGUCACGGUCUUUGGGAUGAGGACGAGGUGAUUGACAAUACCACCCACAAGGACGAAUCAGAUGGUGAAUUUUCAGAAGCUUCUGUAAGAAGAGAUUCUGUUGGAUCACUAAAAUCAGUCAAUCUUGCAGCCUCUGCAGAAUCCAUCCAUGUUCACUUCCCAGAAGAGAAGACAGCUGUGAGAAGAGCAAGUAGCAGUGGAUCCCAAAUAUCUCGAAGGUCCAGUUACUCUUCCUCACAUAACAGAUCAAAGAGAGGUAGCACCAGCACUCGAAACAGCAGCCAGAAAGGUAGCAGCAUACUAAGUGUGAAACAGAAAUCAAGAAAAGAACUGCUUAUGGAAAAGCUUCGAGAGCAACUCAUCAAAGCAAAAGCAUUUACUAUUAAGACAAUCCUUCAAAUAUAUUUGCCAAUCCGAAGGUUCUUCUACAAUCUCAUUCAUCCAGACUACAGUGCUGUGACAGAUGUCUAUGUGUUAAUGUUCCUGGCAGAUACAGUAGACUUCAUCGUUACUGUGUUUGGCUUCUGGGCUUUUGGAAAACACUCAGCUGCAGCCGACAUCACCUCAUCAUUGUCAGAAGACCAGGUCCCAGAGGCAUUCUUAGUGAUGGUGUUGAUACAGUUUGGCACAAUGGUUGUGGACCGCGCCCUAUAUCUCAGAAAAACAGUCAUGGGAAAAGUCAUUUUCCAAGUCAUCCUGGUAUUUGGAAUACAUUUUUGGAUGUUUUUCAUUUUGCCAGGCGUAACAGAAAGGAAGUUCAGCCAGAACACUGUUGCCCAGCUGUGGUAUUUUGUGAAGUGUAUCUACUUUGGACUUUCAGCAUAUCAGAUCCGUUGUGGAUAUCCCACACGUGUGCUUGGGAACUUCUUGACAAAGAGCUACAAUUAUGUCAAUCUGUUCCUAUUUCAAGGGUUUCGUUUGGUGCCAUUUUUAACUGAGCUACGAGCUGUCAUGGAUUGGGUAUGGACUGACACCACACUCAGUCUUUCCAGCUGGAUCUGUGUAGAAGACAUUUAUGCUCAUAUAUUUAUACUAAAAUGUUGGCGUGAAUCUGAAAAGAGAUAUCCUCAGCCACGUGGUCAGAAAAAGAAAAAAGUUGUAAAAUACGGAAUGGGUGGCAUGAUUGUGGUUCUUCUGAUUUGCAUUGUUUGGUUCCCUCUGCUGUUCAUGUCUUUAAUAAAGUCAGUUGCUGGCGUCACAAACAAGCCCCUUGAUGUCUCCAUUAAAAUCACCCUGGGAGGAUAUCAGCCUAUUUUUACCAUGAGUGCUCAACAAAACCAGCUACAAGAAAUUACAAACCCCCUGUUUAGAUCAUUUGAAGGACAUUUUAAAAAGGAGACUUCUGCUCUUCAGUUCUUGGAAGGAUAUGGAAUGGAAGACAUCACUAUUGCAGAAUUAGAAGGAAAUUCAAAUUCUCUAUGGACCAUUAGUCCUCCAAGCAGGAAAAUGAUGAUAGAAAGCAUUGCGGAUUUGACUCAUGAAUUCACUUUGGUUAUCUCUUGGACUAUUCAUAGAAACAUGAGUCUUGGAGCUAAAGCAGAGAUCACGGGUGAUAAACAUACAAUUGCACUGACAAAUGAAACACGAACAGCCCUGGCUAACAUGAUGAAAUCAAACUCUUCAGCACCAGUAACACUUGAAAAGAUCUAUCCAUGGUACAUCAAAGCACCAAGUGAUUCUACUGCAAAACCAAUCUUCCAACUCCUUAAAAGUAAGCAUUUGUUCAAUGAGGUCAGGACAACCACUUUGUGA